UGUUACAUUUUGGUUGAACUAUCCCUUUAAGCGUUUUCCACGACGAGCGGUUCAGAAUGUCCCCUUCGAGAUGCUGUUGUAUGACGUCACUCAAACAUGGCGGCGCUCUGAGAGAUUUGAAGAGUUCUGAUAAACAUUCACUUUUAAGAAUAACUCCAGGUGUUUCAACUGAGAUCUGCGGGAUAAAACAUUGUAAAAUGAUGUUUAUUAAAGAAGAGAGUGAGGACAUGAGUUAUCCAGAAUCAUGCAGUUCAAAUGUCAUGAAAAAUGAAGAUACUGAGGAACAAAGAGAUCUGAUGGAGGUGAAAGAGGAAAAUCAAGAACUAAAUGAAGUGAAGGAGGAGAAACACAAUCCGGAUCAGACACUUUAUAGUUUCAAAACUGAACAAAACUCUUUUAGUGACUCUCAGACUGAAUCAGAAAAAAAACCCAGAAGAACAAGAGCCAAACAUUAUUUUACUUGCCAGCAGUGUGGAAAUACUUUCACACAAAAAGGAAGUCUUAAUAAGCACAUGAGAAUUCACUCUGGAGAAAGGCCUUACACAUGUCAACAAUGUGGGAAGAGUUUCAUACGUAAAGCAGACGUUACAACACACAUGAGAAUUCACACUGGUGAAAAGCCUUUUAUAUGCCAUCAGUGUGGGAAGAGUUUCACUCAGGCUUGUAUUCUCAAAAGACAUCUGUCCUCCCACUCUAAAGAAAAGUCAUAUAGCUGUGAUCAGUGCAGCAAAACAUUUUCUUCAGCAUCAGUCUUAAGAAAACACCAGAAAAUUCAUGCAAUUGAGAAGCCGUACAUGUGUUCACUUUGUGGAAAGAGUUUUUCGCAGCUGUACAAUUUAAAAGAGCACCAGUUAAUACAUACAGGUGUGAGAGAUCAUGUGUGUUCUGAGUGUGGUAAAGCCUUUUACAGAGCUUAUGGCUUGGAACUGCACAAAAGAUUUCAUACUGGAGACAAACCUUACAAGUGUUCACAUUGUGAAAAGAGUUUCUCUAAAUCAGGACACCUGAAAGAACAUGAGAGAGUGCAUACUGGAGAGAAGCCGUACCAGUGCACUUCAUGUGGAAAGAGUUUCAUUACAUCAGGAAGCCUGAAGGCACAUGAGAGAAUGCAUACUGGAGAGAGGCCGUACCACUGCACUUCAUGUGGGAAGAGUUUCAUUAGGUCAGGAAACCUGAAAGCACAUGAGCGAGUGCAUACUGGAGAGAAGCCGUACCACUGCACUUCAUGUGGGAAGAGUUUCACCGAAUCAGGAAGUCUUAAUAACCACAUGAGAAUUCACACUGGAGAAAGGCCUUACACAUGUCAACAAUGUGGGAAGAGUUUCAUACGUAAAGCAGACGUUACAACACACAUGAGAAUUCACACUGGUGAAAAGCCUUUUAUCUGCCAUCAGUGUGGGAAGAGUUUCACUCAGGCUUGUAUUCUCAAAAGACAUCUGUCCUCUCACUCUAAAGAAAAGUCAUAUAGCUGUGAUCAGUGCAGCAAAACAUUUUCUUCAGCAUCAGUCUUAAGAAAACACCAGAAAAUUCAUGCAAUUGAGAAGCCGUACAUGUGUUCACUUUGUGGAAAGAGUUUCUCUAAAUCAGGACACCUGAAAGAACAUGAGAGAGUGCAUACUGGAGAGAAGCCGUACCAGUGCACUUCAUGUGGGAAGAGUUUCAUUACAUCAAGAAGCCUGAAAGCACACGAGAGAAUGCAUACUGGAGAGAGGCCGUACCACUGCACUUCAUGUGAGAAGAGUUUCAUUAGGUCAGGAAACCUGAAAGCACAUGAGAGAAUGCAUACUGGAGAGAGGCCGUACCACUGCACUUCAUGUGGGAAGAGUUUCAUUAGAUCAGGUCACCUGAAAAAACAUGAGCGAGUGCAUACUGGAGAGAAGCCGUACCACUGCACUUCAUGUGGGAAGAGUUUCACCGAAUCAGGCUCUCUAGUAACUCAUAGAAAAAGGCAUUGUCCAGGGUUGUCACAACUUGUUUCAACACGAACAGGAAUAACUCCAGGUGUUUCAACUGAGAUCUGCGGGAUAAAACAUUGUAAAAUGAUGUUUAUUAAAGAAGAGAGUGAGGACAUGAGUUAUCCAGAAUCAUGCAGUUCAAAUGUCAUGAAAAAUGAAGAUACUGAGGAACAAAGAGAUCUGAUGGAGGUGAAAGAGGAAAGUCAAGAACUGAAUGAAGUGGAGGCGAAACACCAUCCGGAUCAGACACUUUAUAGUUUCAAAACGGAACAAAUGUCUUUUAGUGGCUCACAGACAGGAAAUUAUUUCUCACAAAAGAGAUCUAAAAGUACAAGAGUAAAACAUUCUUUCACCUGCAAUCAGUGUGGAAAGAGUUAUGCACAUAAAGUAGGUCUUAAGCGUCACAUUCAUGUUCACACUGGAGAGAAACCUUUCAAAUGUCAUCAAUGUGGGAAUACUUUUACACGUAAAUCAGGUCUUAUUAAGCACAUGAGAAUUCACACUGGCGAGAAGCCUUUCAAAUGUCAUCAAUGUGGGAAUACUUUUACACGUAAAUCAGGUCUUAUUAAGCACAUGAGAAUUCACACUGGAGAGAAGCCUUUCAAAUGUCAUCAGUGUGGGAAUUGUUUUACACAUAAAGUAAGUCUUACUGCGCACAUGAGAAUUCACACUAAUGAGAAGCCUUUCAAAUGUCAUCAAUGUGGGAAUGCUUUUACACGUAAAUCAGGUCUUAUUACGCACAUGAGAAUUCACACUGGAGAGAAGCCUUUCAAAUGCCAUCAGUGUGGGAAUUGUUUUACACAUAAAGUAAGUCUUACUGCGCACAUGAGAAUUCACACUGGUGAGAAGCCUUUCAAAUGUCAUCAAUGUGGGAAUACUUUUACACGUAAAUCAGGUCUUACUACGCACAUGAGAAUUCACACUGGAGAGAAGCCUUUCAAAUGCCAUCAGUGUGGGAAUUGUUUCACACAUAAAGUAAGUCUUACUGCGCACAUGAGAAUUCAUACUGGAGAGAAGCCUUUCAAAUGUCAUCAGUGUGGGAAGAGUUUCAGAGAGUCAUGGAAUCUCAAAAGUCAUCUGUCCAUGCACUCUAGAGUAAAGUCAUAUUGCUGUCAUCAGUGCGGCAAAACAUUUUCUUCAGCAUCAGUCAUAAGAACACACAAGAAAAUUCAUCCAAUUGAGAAGCCGUACUUGUGUUCACUUUGUGGAAAGUGUUUUUCAUUUCUGCACAGUUUAAAACAGCACCAGAGAUUGCAUUCUGCUUUGAGAGAUCAUGUGUGCUCUGAGUGUGGAAAGGCCUUUUACAGAGCUUCUAGCCUGGAACGCCACAAAAUAAUCCAUACUGGAGAAAAACCUUACAAGUGCUCAUAUUGUGAAAAGAGUUUCUCUAUUUCAGGAAAUUUGAAAGCACAUGAGCGAGUGCAUACUGGAGAGAAACCGUACCACUGCACUUCAUGUGGGAAGAGUUUCACCCAAUCAGGCUCUCUACAGACUCAUAGAAAAAAGCAUUGUCCAGGGUUGUUGCAGUGAGAAAAGUUCACCUUUAUUUGCUAUGUAAAUGGGAUGAAAUUCUAAAAAAAAAACAAAAAAAAAAAACACGAUAGAUUUUCUUUCAAAAAGCAAUGUUGUUUGAGCUGUCAUUCUGUCUAACGGCCAAUUUAUACUUCUGCGUCGAACCCAUGCUGUAGCCUGACAUGCACCCCUUCAAAUAUUUAACUACACUUUACAUCAAUGCAGACCACAACAACUGUGAUAGGUCCACUUUAUUACCAGAGACAGUCCCCCAGCAUGACAAAAAUGAUAUCUGAGGUAGCGUCGCAUUUCUCCAAGAUUAUUUUAAGCUGUGCAUCAUAUCACAUUUCAUUUGGACUCAGUAGCAUUGUUUUCAUUUGGGAGCAUAUUCAGUUUUUUAUAUUCUGGUUUAAUGAAGUUACAAGCGAAAACAUGCCAAAAAGACAUCUUGUAUAACCAGCUAUUUUCUCUGCAGCUUCUAAGCUUCAAAACAACACCCAUUUUGUGUUGGUGAAGCGAGUAGUUCUUCGUCAAUUUGAUAUGGGGGGGAUAGCACAGAGCAUCAAAAGUGAGCCAAAAUAUGUUUAUUAUGAUUUAAGUUACGCGAGAGCAAGCGACAGUAUAUGCCUGAUUUAUUUUCUCUCUGCAUGGCAGAAAGCAUGUAUAAUACAUAAUAUGUACCAACAUGUUCUGAUACUUUGAUGAUUUGAUUUGAACUUCAAUAUUGAAAUACAAACAUUUGUAUUCCUAAAUUUACAUAGCUCGCAAUACACUAGAAUUUUGGCUGUGUACUUGCAGAAUGACAGCUUACGGUGUUGGUUCGACAGAAAUAUAAACCAGCCUUAAGGGUCGAAAGAUAUUUGUAUUUUUUCUACAGAGUAAAAUGUCCCAAGUAUUAGUUUAGAAAACUAUUAUUGUUGAUUGUUUGAAAUGCAACACAUUUUGUAGAAUUGUUUUUCCUUCUAUUUAAAAUCUUCUAUCUAAAAAAAUGUGUCUUCCAGAUGUAAUCAUAUACAUCAAAGAGAUGUCUUUGUGGUGUAUGUGUGCUAUCAAGGAAUGAUGGUGACUCUCAAAACUACAUUAUUAAAGGAAAAGUUCACAGAAAAAUGAAAAUUUUCUCAUCUCCUCACCCUUAUCUCAAAACUCGUAUGACUUUGAUGAUUUCAAGACUUUUUACACGAUUAUUUAGCUCUUGAGGCCAAAACUAUAGCUGUUUCUGAAAUUGUUCACUUGUUCACUCAUUCACUCGUUUACUAUUUCCUACAUAGUGGACGGCAGUAAGUGCACUAUAUUAGCAUGGAGUAAACAAAACAAGUGCGCGAUUUUGGGCGUUGCUCAAAAAUGGCAAGCACACUAAGCAGAACACAAAGAGCAGAUCGACUGAAUAUGACAUGCACAUAAAAUCUCCACUUCACAAGUUGCCCCAGGGCAGGAUUGAACUGGUACAUUUGCACUUCUCAUUUCUGCAUACUAUCCACUGCACCACAGCCACCAAAAGGGACAUGCCAAGCUGAGAGUCAACACAGCCAAGCAUAGCAGUCAUUCCAAUCAACUUUGUAUUUUUGUAACUUUUCAACAUAGUAUAAACAGAAUAAAAACUUAAGUUUGGGUCUGUUCUUCACUCAAAGCGAUCGGAAGACAAGAAAUACACCUGUGUACAGAAAACAACAAAUUAAACAAUAGAGCUGUAAGCAGUGAAGACGGGCCCAAGCACUACGGUGCCAUCGCCACCUGGUGGCUCUAGUCAAGUAAUUUUUAUUAUUAUUUUAAAGCAGCUUCACAGGAAA